AUGUUUCGAGACAUUUAUAGAGAGUCAUUGAAAAUAGACACGCUGGAAGUCCACCUGGCAAACGACAGAAACGGGAGGGUCUUUCCGUACGACAGAGAAAUCGACCGAAUACUCCCGGAGUGCUACAAAACGGCAAUCCGCGGAACCAAGGAGGAAAAAAUCGAUAAGUUCUCGGAGGGAACGCUCUUCUAUGUGUUUUUCAACCAUUGUGGGAAAAGGGCGCAGAAGGACGCGUAUGACAGGCUGCUUCGGCUGGGCUGGAUGUAUAGCAAGGAGAUGAAAACCUUCGUGCAGAUCAUAAAAAAAGACAUAGAGCCUGGGCUUAUCUUGUAUUUCGACUACUGCACAUGGAAGAAGGUGACCAAGGAGGUGAGCAUUGACCAAGAGUUUCUGAGCACGCUAGAAGAAAAAAGUAUUUAA